AUGCACAAGCUCACAGCAUCCUGCAGCGCCUUGGCGUUGUUCCUUGCUAACGUCCAGUCCGUUCCCAUUUCCGCAACCGGCAACGCUGCACCGGCUGUCGUGCAGGCUCGCGCACUUGACGACUGGCAAAAGUCUCUGUCGGAUGAUACUCGUCAUCGCUUGGACUUGGCUCUAGAAAACUUAAAGGACGAUAGUGCUCCCGGCCAAGCCUUUAGAAAUGACACCAUCAUGAGAGUUAACAUCGAACGCGAGGCCCUGGAUCUGUCCCUCAUCGAUCUUUCGCAAGCUUUUGGAUCGACCCUCCCGGCCUCUCGGUCCUCUGUGUCGAAGGUGGGUGUCAUCAAACGAAGCGAGGCCGAAGACUUCCGCGAGGAGUCUUAUACCCGAAGUGGAGGCAUGACCUAUCCCAAGGUCAUUGAGCAGAGGAGCAAUGCCGAAGAUUUCCGUGAGGAAUCCUACACUCGUAGCGGAGGCAUGACUUACCCCAAGGUUGUCGAACAAAGGAGUGAUGUCGAAGACUUCCGGGAGGAAUCCUACACUCGAAGUGGAGGCAUGACCUAUCCCAAGGUAAUAGAGCAGAGGAGCGACGCCGAGGAUUUCCGUGAGGAAUCCUACACUCGAUCUGGAGGCAUGACGUAUCCAAAGGUCAUCGAACAACGAAGCAAUGCCGAGGACUUCCGCGAGGAGUCGUAUACUAGAAGCGGAGGUAUGACGUACCCUAAAGUUAUUGAGGAACGAAGCGACGCCGAGGACUUCCGCGAGGAGUCGUACACACGAAGCGGAGGCAUGACCUACCCCAAGGUCAUUGAGCAGAGGAGCGACGCCGAAGACUUCCGCGAGGAAUCCUACACUCGAUCUGGAGGCAUGACUUAUCCCAAGGUCAUUGAGCAGAGGAGCGAUGCCGAAGACUUUCGCGAGGAAUCCUACACUCGAUCUGGAGGCAUGACUUAUCCCAAGGUCAUUGAGCAGAGGAGCGAUGCCGAAGACUUUCGCGAGGAAUCCUACACUCGAUCUGGAGGCAUGACAUAUCCCAAGGUAAUAGAGCAGAGGAGCGAUGCCGAGGACUUCCGCGAAGAAUCAUACACCCGAAGCGGAGGUAUGACGUAUCCCAAGGUCGUCGAGCAGCGCAGCACCAAAGGCGACUACAGCACUCUCCUGAACCGUGAAAACCUGGCGCUCGGAGCGAUUGAGAGAAUCAACAUCGCCCAUCGAGUGCGCGGAGUCCCGGAGGUGACCAUGGAGCAGGCCAAGGAGAUUGGAUCGCACGGCGACGACUACAUUUCGGGUUACUGGGCCUCCUCCGUUAAGCAUGGUGACUUUUGGACUUUGGAUCAGGCCGCCGGCAAGCCCAACUUCAUCGAGGGCGGCCAGGCCAACGGCUUCGGCUUCACGCAGAGCACUUUCCACAAGCUCCACUGUCUUGCGAACCUCCGGAUGAUUCUCAGCUGGCACAUGACCGGAAACGGAGCCAAGCUGACACGCGACAUGAAUAUGCACACGAUCCACUGUCUGGAGUACAUUCGGGGACGCGAGUUGGCCAGCCCAGAUCUGAACGAGGAGCCCAUCGACACGGUCGAUUACAAGGGCAUGGGGAUUCACUAG